CUCCGUCCUCUAUGUAAACCCCUCCUUAGACCCCAACGGCCCCAUCCUAAACCCAACAGUUAGAUUCCCAAAAUAGCCCUCCGAUUCUUCCCAAAAUAGCCAUGAAUUCUCAGAUCGCCGGAUCGGUGCUGAGGCAAAUCGGGCCCCACCUGUUCUCCACGGCCGCCAUCUCCCGCGCCGCCGCCACCGGUGGGACGGUCCACUCGCUGCUGGCCGGGUUCGCUGGCAUGAGGGUGGCGCCUGCGACGUGGGUGGCGAGCGUCCGUUUCGCAGGCACUGUCCCUGAGACGGUGGACGGCGGUGAGGCGGCGGAGAAGAGCGGCUCCGCCGCGGACGGUUCGACCGGUGGAAAGAAGGAGAAGGCGGUGGUGAGCUACUGGGGGAUGGCGCCGGCCAAGGUCGUCAAAGAGGACGGCACCCAGUGGAAGUGGUCUUGUUUUAAGCCAUGGGAUUCGUACACAUCCAACCAGUCGAUUGAUCUCCGCAAGCAUCACGUGCCUAUCACGUGGGGUGAAAAACUGGCUUUUUGGACGGUGAAGUCUCUUCGGCUUCCAACCGAUAUCUUCUUCCAGAGGAGGUAUGGUUGCCGUGUGAUGAUGCUGGAGACAGUGGCGGCGGUGCCGGGAAUGGUGGCCGGCAUGGUCCUCCACCUCCGCUCCCUCCGCCGCUUCGAGCACAGCGGCGGUUGGAUCAAGGCUCUCCUCGAGGAGGCGGAGAACGAGCGCAUGCACCUGAUGACCUUCAUGGAGGUGACGCAGCCCCGGUGGUACGAGCGUGCCCUCGUCUUCGCUGUUCAGGGUGUCUUCUUCAAUGCCUACUUCCUUGCCUACAUCCUCUCCCCCAAGCUCGCCCACCGGAUGGUGGGCUACCUCGAGGAGGAGGCCAUCCACUCCUAUACUGAAUUCCUCAAAGAUAUUGAUGCUGGCAAGAUCGAGAACGUCCCUGCACCGGCCAUUGCCAUAGACUACUGGCGUCUGCCUCCGAAUGCCAUGCUCCGUGAUGUGGUCAUGGUUGUCCGGGCCGACGAGGCUCACCACCGCGACGUCAACCACUUUGCCUCGGACAUUCAUUUCCAAGGCCAUGAGCUGAGGGAGCUUCCGGCUCCGGUAGGGUAUCACUAAAGUAUAAACUUUAUCCCGGAUAUGAAGACAAGCCCAAGUGGAAGGAAUAAAGCUAGUUAUAGUACAUAAGCUGAAUUAUUUGAACUUGUACGUGGAUUGGUAUACGCUAUACAGUUUGCUUGGUGUUUGAUUUCUCUAC